GUUCCUGCCAGGACAGACUGAAGGACAAACAGACAAAGGUGCAAGAGAAAUAGGAAAAAACAGAGGACUGACUUUCUUAAUUAUAAAGGAAUAGAAGGACCAUAGACUGAAGAGGGAGUGGUGUGUAAUAGUCUUAUCUGUUGUUGUGUUCACCCUGUUGGAAAGAUGGCUUCAACACCUGCCCGCCUGCUAUUCCGCCGAGGGUUUUCUGCUGCUGCGUCCCAUGAAAGCCAUGAGGGAGGAGCGAAAACCUGGAAGAUCCUGACAUUUGUCCUGGCCCUGCCUGGAGUUACCGUAUGCAUGAUCAACGCUUACCUGAAGGCACAGGAACACGCAAAACACGGACAGCCAGAGUUUGUGCCCUACCCUCACCUGCGCAUCCGUACCAAGCCCUGGCCCUGGGGUGAUGGCAACCACUCUCUCUUCCACAAUUCUCACACCAAUGCCUUACCCACUGGUUACGAGGGCCAUGGUCAUGACCACUAGUCAUAGCGCCCCCUUGUGUCCACCAGAAACCUAACGUUCACUCCUGCAUCAUCAUGGGCUAAUUACCUCUAUGACAUGAGCACAGGGGCCAAUCACAGAACUGAAGAAUGAAAUAAUAAAAUUCUUCUUUUUUCUGAAGUGUAA